CUCUUAUGUCAUCUUGACAUCGAAUAAAAAAAAAAACCGAAUCAAAAUUUUUCAUUUCUGAUGGUGUGCUAUUUUGAAAAUCUAUUUUUGUAAAUAAAAUUUUAAAAAAUUACAAAAUGAAAAGCAUGCAAUCACUUGCUAAGAUUCCACACCAAAGUUAUUUGGUAAAUUCAAUAAUUGGCAGAAACAGCUUAAGAUUCUUUGCAACUGCAACCAAAGACGAUGAUGAACUUAUCGAAGUCCCAGACAAACCUCCAUCGUUUGCCGAAGAAGAAUUCGAAGAACCAAAACCAGAAAGUUUCUUCAACAAAUCCGGUCUGCUAGUACAACACCGAAAAUUCCUACACAAUGAAAAACCCUACACCGAACCACAUUCAUGGAUCCAUCUGACAGAGAAAUACCAACGCAAACAAAUCGGUCGCUAUGGUUUGGCUAGCGGUGUGGAUCCUAGAAUUUGUUUCCCAACUAAAAAGGAUCUUGAAGCUCAAAAACGAUAUGAACAAGUUGCUUUUCCUUACACAUUGCAAGAGCUUAUUGCCAAGUCUAAAAACGAAGAGAAACUAGCUAAAGAACAAAUCCAAAAACGAGAAGAAGAAAUCACAAAGAAACUAGAAAAACUAGAACAAUGGAAGGCAGAUUUGAAUGCCAAGGUUGCCAAGAAAGAAGCUGAUGCAUUGGCUGCAAAACAACGAAAGGAACGUCUGGUCGAAGAGGUACGUCGACACUUUGGCUUCAAAGUGGAUCCUCGUGAUGAACGAUUCAAGGAAAUGCUCGAGCAGAAAGAAAAGGAAGAUCGCAAGAAGCAAAAGGAAGCCAAACGCAAGGCCAAGGAGGAGAAGAUGAUGGCUAAAUUGAUUUCGAAACCAGCUGGCAAAGGAAUCGUCAAAGACGAUUCAGUCAAGCAAAACUAAAGAACAAAUUGUUAAAAAACUCAAAUAAAAAUCAAAAAAGUUGUUAGUA